CUGAGGCUUCGGUGGCGUGGCGGAGGGAACAGCUUCGGCGUUGUUUGGUUGAGGGGUCGCGGAGGAGGAAGCGGCUAUGGCGGCGGGGAAGUGCCGCCUCCGCUCUCGCUGCCGCCGCCGCGCUUCUUCCUGUUAGCGGGAGAGGACUCGGCGCCGGGAAUGGCGGGCCCCGCGCGGCUCCUGCUGCUGCUGCUCCUCGCCGCGCCCUUCGCCGCCUCGGAGCCGGAGAAUGGCCAGGACCGGGGGGAGCCGCCGCCGCCGCCUCAGCAGGAGCAGCAGAAGCCGCCGCCGCCUCAGCAGCCGGCGGUGCAAGGGCCGGAGCUGGCCAAGGCCGAGGUGAGGGGCGCCGGGGGUAGGCUCGAAGGGGAGCGGGCGGCUCGGGGGCCUGGAGCGAGGCUGGCCCCGGCUCUUCAGAGCAUCCUCCGGCCGCAUCUCCCCCUCCCCCCCAAAAAAUACACGUGCGCGCGCACUCACACGAGACGUUCUUCGGGGCGCGGUAAACGGAGGGCGCUCUCCGCUCCUUGGCGGAGCCCUGACGUGGCUCUCGUGUGUGUGUGGGAGGGAAUGGAGAGGAGGAAGAGGGAGAGAUCCUGACGGGAGAAGCCAACCUUAGUUUCGGACACGUGUUUGUUGGGGGGUUUCGUAGUGAACGCGUGCUUGCAGCAGCUGCAAGUGGGGAGGGGGAAAGGCUUGGUGGACUUCACUUCAUCAGGUGCAGGGAGUGUUAUUCCUCCCCAUCAUGAGUUUACUCGAGGACUUCGUGGUCUUUCCACCGGGCUGUUUUGCUGCUCUUAUUCACUCCCCAGGCCUGUAUGUCUGCCUGCAGGUGCAUGUAUAAAACCACAAUAGCUGUCGACCCAAACGUUUUAUAAACUUUUGAGCGCCCCCCUUCCCCAGCUAAGGGUAGCACUUCAUGCACUUGAUGAACUUGGGCCUGUCCAUGAAAGUUUGUGCCACAAUAAAUCUUGCGGGGGCACCUACCUGCAAGGUUUUCAGGGGAGCUGCCUUGAAACUGGGAAUACGCUAUCUGCUUAUUUACUGAGAAGUAGCCCUCUGAGGGAAACUGCCUUUCAUCAGCUCUGUGGUGACAGAGAUUGCCUGCUGUCUUUGGGGUCCUGCUAAGGCAAGCAUGGGGAACCUUUGGCCCUCCAGAUGUUGUUGAACUAUAGCUCCCAUCACCCCUGGCCAAUCUUGCUACAGCUGAUGGGCAGUUCGGCAACAUCUGGAAGGCCAAAGUUCCCCACCACAUCUGUGCUGAGAGAAUUGUUCAUAAAGUUAGGUAAUGCAUCUAUGGUGCUGGGAGAUGGUUAAAAUGUGUUUUAUUGAAAGCCGUAGGGAUACAAUCAGGUACAGAGUACCAGCAUAAGACUUCAUAAUUCUAUCAGAUUAUAGCCAUAUUUUAGUUUUGAGAAGAAAAAGUGGACUGUGUUGCCAGAGUGUUGGCAGGGGAGGUGGGAGCAGGAAUCCGUCUUGUAGAAAAAGGUACAAUGGUUUAGACUUGUGUAGGAGUCCUAUGUCUACCCAUAAAAUCAUGGUUGGGGUGCAAUGGUUCAACAGAGAAUGGAACAUAUGUUGCAUUUGUCCAAAGAAUUUUCUCUAUUAUGUAACCUGCAUAUCUUUGUUCACAAAAGGAGCAUGGCCACAAAUAGGAGUAGCAGGUGUUAAAUGGUCAGAUUUUAUUUCUGAUUACAUUACUGAAAACUAGCAGUGUGUGACUGUUAAAAGUAUUAGAAGUGUGAGACUUGCUAUUUGGCACUCACUAAUGUGCAUUAGAACCGCCCACUUUUCCUCCCCACAAAUUGAUUUUUGCACUGUAGACUUCAUUUUGCCACUGUGACCUGAACAGGGUGGUUAAGUAGGGAGCAAGUGAUUAAUAGUGAAGUGCUGCACUAGAAUUGGGAUGGGGGAUAAUUUGCCUGGAAGUUUUCUGUGACUCCACCCUACUUUAUCUAUCCCAGUGCGAGGAAAUUUCAAAGAGGUUGUCUCAUUCAAUGCCCUACCAUUUCAGUCCUUUGCUAUCCCUCUCCCUGGAAAGGCUGCUGUGACUUUUAAAACUGGGUGGGAAGUAGAAAUUCAAAAUGCUAAAACUUUUCUCCAGGAGGCAGGUUUAGUGAUGAUGGUGGAAAUCUUCUCCUGCAGCACUUCUACUUAAUAUGCAAUGAUCUACAACACAGGAGACAUGCCUGGCCACUUUGUUUGCUAGGAGGCUUGCUGCCCUGAAGAAGUCACACAAAGAGACAGGCAGUUUUCCCAUUUUACCUUGGCAUGGGGAUGAGGAGAGCUGACUUUGAACCUCUCCUGGAAAUCUCCAUUGUCAUAUAAGAAGUUGGAGAGGGUCUACACUGCCUUUCUCUGUUCCCUCUGGCUUUUAGGUAGUUAACACUCAUGUUUCUCUCUUUUCUUAUAAUUUGAGAAUGUCUCUACUUCUAGUAAAUGCUGCUGUUCUGGUUCCACAGUAUUCCUUCUUGAAGUGGAAACCAUGGCAGCCAGAUAUUUCUAACAUAAAUAUUCCUUAAGGGCACAAAACUGCUCUGUAUUUCAAAGAUGGAGAAUCUGUGACCUUUCAAAUUUUGUUGAACAUCAGCUCCCUUCAGCCCCACCCAGAAUGGGCAAUGGUCAGAUACAAUGGCAAUUGUCAUUCAGCAACACCUGGAGGACUGAAGUUUCUGCACCCUGCUGUACUUGCAGCAAGUUCAACUUAAUGCUGUUGACUAUGGGCAACAGAGUUCCCUACUUUGUGCGAUCUUGGUCUUAUAGUAGCAGCAGCACACACUGGCAUAUAGAAGCAAAUUCAGGUCCUUUUCUGUGCUCUUCCCACUUCUGUGGUUCUGGAUAUUUUGAAAUGACAGGCACUUACUUCCUGAGCCUAUCUUCUCUAUGUAGAAGAAUGCUGACUGCCCAAAGGAGGCUGCACAAAUUGUUUAACAAUCAAUCCCUCUUCACAGCGAACUCUGUGAACUGUAGCUGCAUGAAGCAACUGUCAGCACUCUUAACAAACUGCAGGUCCCAGAAUUAUUUGGGGGAAGCCAUGACUGUUUAAAGUAGUAGGUAUGUUUAAAGUAGUAUGGUAUGGCCUGGUGUAGGUAUCAUCCUAAUCUUAUAACCAUAUAAUCAUAAUAUGCUAUGGAUGGUCUCGCUGUUCCCGAUAACAUAUGCUUUUAAUCUAUGGUUAAAUCACAGAUCCUCCUAGUGAAUCUCUUGCAUAGAUCAGGGAUAAAGCAUACAUGUCUUAAUAGAGGUUCUGCUGAGACAAUGGGUAUUGCUUGCCUUGAGGCUUGUUUCACUCAGAGACUUAAAAUGUGGUGUCUUGUUCUUCAGGUCAAGGAGGAAGCCUCAGGCAACUUCUCCCUUGCAUCUAUGAGGAAAAUUCAAAGAGCUGCCAUGUGUACUGUAUUUGUUGUUGGUCUUCAAGGUGCUUGCUUGGAUCAUCCAUUGAGAUCCUUCAGAAUAUAGUACUACCUAAGUUAUUCAUUUUAAAUAAUGUAUAAUACACAGGGUACUUAGGGCCACUUUGCACUUUAUACUGGAGUGUGCUUGCCACUGGUAUGUUAUGUGCAUUCUAUCAGAAACAGUGUUUCAUACCAGAGGUGCAUCUAUGGCUCUUCCAGCAUGGGUAUUUUCAAGUCUGUCUCUGUUGACACUUUGUGCAUGAGCUGCCACAAACAGUCAGGGUAGCCGCAGCAAAAACAAUUGCAGUCUAAAGUGUGAAGCAAGCCGUACAAAUAUUGGUGCAGGUUCAGUUGAAGGAGUGAGCUAAAUGCAUUGUUUUUGUUUAUCACAGUUUAGCAUCCUGGAGACUAAAGUGUUGCCAAGCCUCACAAUCAAGAUGACAAGCCUGCCUCAUUGUCUCAGACCACUGUGACUUCUUGGCAGCCUUGAGGGGUGGAGAGGUUUUGGUGAACUUUUUGUCACAGAGUAAAUGGUAACAGUUCAAAUUCUGUUAACAUAAAAUGUUCCUUCUCUAUUUUUUUCUAUCGACAAUAAAUUCCUGAACAUGUCUAGUUGGUUCUGCUUGCAGGGGAUGUCAUAACGAUCAGUUCAUUGGUAGGUUGAGGGCAGGGUUUGAAAUUAGCAGGGCGCAAGGUGCAUUUUGCGCCUAAAGAUUCUCUAUUUGCGAGCGCUUUAAAAAGUCUGGGUGCCAUUUUUUGCACCUGGCUGACACUCAAGGAUUACUGAAAUGCAUGUGCUUUGAAGCCUCAAAGGAUAUGUUUAGGAUACAAUAUGUUAAGGAGUUUAACAAUAAAGAGUAGAGUGUGUUGAAACCUGAAGUAUGGUACCAAUAUUUUUAUUGUAAACACGAAUUUAUUUUGUAUUAAUAAUUUCUGCUAAAAAGUGAUAUUAACAGUGUAUCAGUUAUGUGAAUUGUGUAUUAAUUCAUGCUUAUUAAAAUAAUAAAUAAAAAGUGUUCCUGACCGCUGCCCCCCAGUGGCGACUAGACAUUCUGUUUUGGCAUCCACAACCCAGGUCCCAGAAGCCAUUUGGCUCCUAGCUUUUCUGUCCCAGUUUCUAACUGGCACUGUGUUAGGAACCCUGUCACAAUUCCCUUAUAGUGCUGUAGCCAUUCAAUAGCUCUUGUGGCACAAUUAAAACUAAAUGUUGUAAAAUAGAAAAUGUCAUUUAUUGUGUUUACUUUAAUCAAGGGAUUAGUAAUUAGUAAAGCACAGUAUGGGUAAAUUCCCUCAGGCUAAAAUUAACCCUUUAAUUUAAUAAGGUGAGAAUAGUGUGCUUAAGAGAAACCAGUAAUUUAGAAGUUAAAACUGCUUGAGCAAUGCAAAAAUGACUCAGGAGCAAUGCAAAAAUGACUCAUAAAAAGAAGCUGAGAUUCUAUAGCUCCACACUGUAUGUGACUUAAAGCUUUCAUGCCCCUGUAAUACAGCUUCAACACGACACAACUUAUCUUUUUGGAAAAUACGGCAACUGAGUCCAAGUAAGCCAUAAGUAUUAUCUUUAUCUACAAAUCCAGUUUUUCGUGUUACUCCUGAUUUUCACCUUUUCUUGAUGGUUGUGUCACCAGUGACAAAGGGCUGGCAGGGUGAAACAUUUUCUACAUACUACCUGAUCUCUAUUAUUAUUAUUAAGCAAAGAAAAGAGAGCUUUACAGUUUAAAACUUCAUGCAUAUUAAGAGUGAAAUCUAGGCAACUUAAAUUUUACCUUGCGUUCUCUGCAUUUCAGACAGAUAGUGCUUCUGAGUUUGAGCAAUAGGAUAGGAUUUGGACUUGAUGGAUCUGUUAGAUUCAGAGUGUAUGAGGUCACUGUCUUGAUCUUACCUUCAGUGGAAUUUGAAAUUUUUCCUUGUUAUAUCUGAUAAGGGAUGUUGUUUUAGAAUCUCCUGACCUUAAAGGAAUGCCACUUUCCACAGUUGUCUGUACACUCCAAGUACCUGCCUUAUCAGAGGUAAUAUGGGUGAUUCAGAAGGUUACAAUGAAGUACGGUAUAGUAAUUCAUAAAGUAUGGCAAAUCUGGGGUUGCCAAAGUGGUUGAAAAGUUGUACGUGGGAUGAGUUUGGCAUAGACGUAAACAGAUAUCUCUCCAGGGUGACUGGAACCUAAGCUUUGUAAUAAGUGGGAUAGAUGGCAGCUCAGGGUAAAAUACCACAAAUAUGUGAUCAGCAGAGUGUAGAUGACUCAAAGUUUGAAGUGCAAAAUAUAGAGCUACUUCAGGUAGCUUGCAAUGAUAAAUUAUAACUGAGUGAUUAAAACAUUAAAUAUUAACAGGAAUGCCAGGGCGGAGAAAAUAUGCUGAAGUGGUUGGAAGUCUUGAGGUCAGAUUUGAAGUGAUCUUUGGGUAUGUGAAGCAGGACACAAAAAGUGGUGUGAAGUGCUCUUAGGUUUUUCACCCAAAAUUAGUCCAUAAAUGAACAGUUGUCUUAUAAUGCAACACAAUGUCUACUGGACAACACUGUUCUGAUCUGUUGGUGGCUACAAUGGAUUUAGCUACAUGUGGUCUUUAAUUCUCUUUCUCACAUAUGUGUUAACUUGAUGUCACAUUCCAGCCAUUUAAAUGGAAUCAUUUAAAACUCUUGGGUAACUGUGAUUGUUGCCACAGUAGUAUCGAUGUGUUGAUAAUUGUAGCAGGAGUACAUUUUGACAUCACUUAAGUCAGGCAUGGCCAAACCUGGACCUCCAGCUGUUUUGGGUCUACAGUUCCCAUCACCCCUGACCACUGGUCCUGUUAGCUAGGGAUGAUGGGAGUUGUAGUCCCAAAACAGCUGGAGGGCCAACUUUGGCCAUGCCUGACUUAAGGGAUCAUCAAGUCUGAUGCAAUUAAGAAUGUUGCAGUUCAAUUAGGAAGACCUGGCUAUGUUUUCAUUCAGUCCUGAAGAUCACUGAGGAACUCUGGGCACUAAAGUGUUUGCCUGAACUACACCAGAGGCUAAAAUGAGGUGACCCCAUAUCUGCCAUUCCAGGCUAUCUGGAGGAAAGUUGGCAUGCAAAUACAACAAAUCAGCAAACUGGUAAGCAGGGAUGUGAAACAUUAGUACAGUAGUGUGUUCUAAUGUAUGUAAAAUCUAGUUUACCAAAUACAGUAUCUGUCUAUGGGCAUCUCUUCAACUGCAGUCUAUUGUCAAGAAGAACAUAAAAAUGUUUUUCUUUACAAUUCUGUUAACUAUUCAAAUUGAUAAAAAGUUAAGACCAACACAUUGUUAACCUUCAAAUUUUCCGCUGAAGAAAUUACUGCAUUUGGGGGGGUGUCUAUUCUUCUGGUACAAAAUGGUAGCUCUGCAACUCAUCUCUCAUCUGGUGUAAUUGACAUCAGUAUAUAAUCAUGAAACAUUUCAUUCUCAGGUUCAAGUUUGUUGACAGUCUCAAGUGGUCCUACCCUAAGGAAGAGGCAUUUUAGUAGUGGGGUACGAGAGCUGAAAAUAAUGCCAGUAUAUUUCACAUCUGGCAACCAAUGUGCCCCUUGGGUUUCAGAUAGUACAUGGGUAGACAAGUCUAAAAAGCCCGGGACACAAAUUUUCACAGCUCUCUAGUGGCUAUGGUGGCUCAUUUACCAGAAGUAAUGUAUUUAGCAUUAACUCUGGAAAUGUGUACUUGAUUCUGACCAAACUAAGCCUCCUAGGUUUCCAGGUGUGUGGUGUGUUUUUUUUUAUACCCCAGCUCUCCUACCCCUCUGUAUAGAGAAUUUUCUGUAUAUAGAAAAUUGCAGAGUUUACAUGAAUCAUUUGCCAGAAUAUUGGGAAACAUGGGCAGCUGAAGAUUUAAACACUAGUAUCAUUAUUAACUUCAAUUCUUUUUCCCUUGUUUGUUUCUGAAAAAUCAUUCUUUAGUAUAAUAUUUACCCCCAAAAAAUCAUAAUUAAGCAGCUGAAUAGCAUAAGUUAGUUAAUAGACGACAUAGUUUGCAGCAAGUAGCAAGAUAUGAAAACGUAUUGAAGUAAAAUGUACAGGCAUUCACCCUAACAUGUGAUGGAUUAAAUUGAGGCCAAGAGCAUGCAGGCAAACCCUUCCCCCACUGUCCUCAGGUGAACUGGCUUCUCUGUGAUAAUCAUGCAAAUAUCUGAAAAGUUCUGAAGAGUUUUUAAAAUGACAUUGAGUGAAUGCUCUUAGAGACUGUCCUUGUAAUCAGAAAUUCCGAUAAACCAGGUUUCCCAGUCUUUGGAAAUUUUUAAAGUAUAUUGACCUGCUUUUUGAAAACAACAACAACCCUUCAAACUGAUGCACUUAUUGUGCCCUGGGACUUUAUGGUGAAGUGCAGCUAAGAAAUCAAUAAAUAAUUUGAUUUCUUAAUCAGUUAGCACACCCAAGGUUAUUUGGGUUGUGGCUUACGUGCAGGUUUCUGUCCCCGGUUUAACCCAAUGCAAGUUUAGUUAAAUUACUGACCGCAGCUAGUGCAAUAAGAAAAUCUAUAUAAUAGAUGGAUUUGGGUGAGAGAAAUAAAACUUUUUUCUUUCCUCCCCAGAAAGGACCUACUCCAGUGGCUCCCAUCCAUUCUGUUAGUGAAGACUCCGGGGAUAAGACGAACCUGGGAUUUAUCCAUGCAUUCGUGGCUGCUAUAUCGGUCAUCAUUGUCUCUGAACUUGGCGACAAAACUUUCUUCAUUGCAGCCAUCAUGGCAAUGCGUUACAACCGGUUAACAGUGCUCGCUGGGGCUAUGCUUGCCCUGGGGUUGAUGACAUGUUUAUCAGGUGGGUGCUGUAGCUUCUCUGUCCUGGAACAUAUGUAGGAAAACUGCAAACAGUGACACAUAUAUGUGGAGAAGACAGUCAGGCCUUGCUUUUGUGUCUUCUGUCCUACAAAAGAAUUUCCCCUUCCUCUGCUGCCUCCGAAAAUAUGCUCCAGAGAAUUGGAGGAACCUCAGAACAGCAUGACAUGUGGCAAUAGGAACUGAAGUGGGGCUGGUGGGAUCUGGGUGUGGGACGGGGAUGGGGACCCCUCUAUCUAUAUCCAGUUUGCAAAAUGGGAGCUUCCCCUGGAUCUGACUGACUCUCAUGAAUGGAAGGAAUCCUUUCAUUUGUGGAACGGUGGACAUGAAUCCACCCCAUUGUGUUUUUGCUAACGUGUUCUAUUUAACUAAAAUCAUGCCAAUGUUACUGUCAGCUAUUGUGUGAGUUAAAGUGUCUUGGGUAGCAAGGAUGGGAAAUAUUUCUGGCCAAGGAAUUAGAGACCUGCUACAACCACUCACAUAAGACAUUUAAUCCAAUUCACCAAGGCAACUUCUUAUAUAAAUGGGUUGAAAAAUAGAUUGUGUACAUGUAGAAAGCAACUCUUAAAUACUGCCUUGCUAGACAGUGGUUCAUGCCUUUUGUUUUGCAUCAAAUCUGGCAGAAAGAUGGCAAGUUAGACCUAAAGGAAGGUGUAUUCUGGACGAGUUUCAUGAAUUGCCCUAGAAUGGGAAUGUAGUUUUAAUGGUUCAGUAUGUUGUAUCUUUUGAUGUUAGCUGCCCUGGGCUCCUUUUUGGGAAUGAGGUAUACAUCCGACCAGAUAAAUUAAGAGCUCCCUGAAUUAGUAGAGAAUCUAAUUUCCUGUUAACCAGCUUGCAACCUGAAUUAGCUUUAGGGAAUGAGCAAAGCCAACUUCACAGGUAGCCUGAAAUGUUUUUGUUUUUCCACUCCUAGUUUUAUUUGGCUAUGCCACCACAGUAAUCCCCAGAGUAUACACCUACUACGUGUCGACAGCACUCUUUGCAAUUUUUGGCAUCCGAAUGCUCCGGGAAGGCUUGAAGAUGGGUGCAGAUGAGGGUCAGGAAGAGCUGGAGGAAGUUCAAGCAGAACUCAAAAAGAAGGAUGAAGAAGUAAGUUGAAGUAUAUAGAGCAUGUGUACACCAUGCAGAGUAUCUUUGUGAAAUCAGGAAGUCUAGGGAAAGUAGCUAGAUAUUUAGCUACACCUGUUCCGAAAUGGAAUUGAUACACCAGAUAUAUAGCUCUUGCAUGAUGUAGCAAAAUAUAUCCUCUGCUUCCUGCAGUAUGUUUAACAGCUGACUAAAACAGAGUUGUGCUACAAGAGCAAGAGAAGAAAAACUCCUGGAUACAAAUUUCAGUAAGAAAGAAAUUGAAGUAUUUUAACUGAGAUUGUUCUACUAACCUCUAUAGGUUGUAUGUUCUUAGUUUUGGUGGUGAGAACCUAUUAGUAGGUUAUUGUGCUAUAUAUUGUACAGUCCUUCAAUGGUUACUUCUGGCUUGGUUUCAAUACAGUUUUUGUAUUCUAAGAGCCAGAAGUUUUGUUAAGUUGUUUAGAUAACAUCUCCUCAUUUCAGGAUAUUUUCAUUAUUAUUAUUGUUGGUAUAUAAGUGCAGAACUUCAAACAGUAAACAUUAUCAGAAUUGUUGUGCUUUAUUAAUCAUUUCUGAAAUCGCUAGUACGAAAUAGAUUUGGCAUUCUGCUUUAGCUCUCAUUUUAAACUCAUUAUCAUCUCAGAAUGGUCAUAGGAGAACUAUACUGGUUCUGACUUAAGUGUUAAUAUUUAUUCACCCAAAUUGCUAAUAUAUAUUAGUCACUAGGCCUUUCCAAUAGAUUCUGGGUGAACUGAAUUGACUAAGUCUUUGUGAUAAAAGCUGCCAUAUGAGUUAUAUGUAAAAAAAAUUAGUGUUCUGAUAAUUGAUGUAUGUGCUACUUACACGUAGCUCCUUACUUAUACGUAGGAGCGAGUUAGCUCCUAUUCUUUUCUAACAUCCGCCUUUUGCUUCUAGCUCCAGAGAACAAAACUAUUAAAUGGACCUGGAGAUGUGGAAAUGGGAACAGGCCCUGCUAUACCUCAAAGAAAAUGGCUGCACUUUAUCUCUCCAAUUUUUGUGCAAGCUUUUACUUUAACGUUCUUAGCCGAAUGGGGCGACCGCUCUCAGUUAACCACAAUAGUUCUUGCAGCAAGAGAGGUGAGUGAAAUGCAUAGGAUGUAUCUAAUCAAAGAGCAACAUUCUCAAGAACUAAUAAUAGAACCAUAGAAUUGUAGAGUUGGAAGGGAUCCGAGGGGUCAUCUAGUCCAACCCUCUGCAAUGCAGGAAUCUCAAUAAAAGCAUCCAUGACAGAUGGGCCCCCCAACAGCUCUUAUUGCCAGAAAGUUAUUCCUGAAGUUUAGUUGGAAUCUCCUUUCUUGUAACUUGAAUCCAUUGGUUUGGCACCAGGUUGGGGGAGGUUGUCUCCAAGAACUUGUUUUUAGUGGGGUAAAACUGCUAAGCUUACUAAAUAAAAUACAUUUAGAAGGGCAGUGGGGAGCAGAACCUGGUAGUGACGGAACAGGUGAAAAUGUCUCGCUUAAUAUUGUGGCUACAUGAAUUUGCUCAAGAGAAAGCAUCCCUUAAACUGUUCAAAGUGUGCACUGCCACACCUGCUGCUCAGUAAACUCAUUCAGGAGUUGCAGCAGUAGCACGUGGCUUAUAGAGAAGGAGCACAAUGAUGAAGGUUUGCUAGUGGGAUUUGUUCUCUGUGCUGCUUCUCUUCAUUCAACCAGAGGAGAAGGGGUACUUACGCAAAUACCCAUUGCAUCCUGUAGCCAUUAUUGCAAUCAAAGGAGCAUGUGCCCAGUCAGGGAGCCUACGUGUGAUAUAUGCAAGGGGCAGGCUGUGUGUGUGCUUAUAGACUUUCUUCCUUUGCUGCUGCAAAUGGCUGGUGUACUUGAGUCUGCCUGCUCUCUUUCUCCACACACCCCCUUUCCUCCUGUAGUAUUGGGCCUAGGGGAUUUAGGUUUAGAGCAGGAUGCACAUCUCCUCCAGAGGUAUACUUUUGGCAGCGUCCUUUGGCGUACAGCAAAUGCUAGACAAAGUGAGCUCUUUGGGCUGCUUCCUGUCUUAUUUGGAAACAAGUCCCCUUGAGUUGGUGAGACUUCCUCCCGGGUAAGCGGGCAUGGGAUUGCUGCCUUAGGUGCAGGCACACAUAUUAAUGUAUCUGUGUUUAUAUUUUCAGGCAUUAUAAAGUAGCAUGGGGUCGAAAGUUUGUCCAAAGGCUAAAUAAUCCGAGAUUGAUUUUAGACAGUAGCCUCUGAAACAGUCAUUAUAUAUGCCACAUUCCAGUCAUGGAUGUAGCUCAAAGUUGGUCUGGACACCCUGUACAGGUUCAUCCUCUAUCUCAUGGGACACACAAAGGCACACAGCUCCCCUCCUCUGCUGAUCUGUGCAAAUCAGCUGAGGAGGAAGGCUAACACUGUGGCUACCUUUUUUCUUUUCCUUUUCGCUUCCACCAGCAAAAUUGGUAGGCACUCAUGGGACCAGAGAGAAAAAAAUUGCCUAGGUGCUGUAUCAGGCCCCUAAACUGGGAGUGAGCCACCACUGUUUAAGCAUUAUCACGAUUCUAUCCUUAAAACAGAAGUGGGUAUUUAAAUGAGUUGGAAAAAACAAUUCUCAUUUAAUGAGGGGGUGAGUGUUGUAUCGGCGGUAACUGGAAAUGGUCACACUUUUUUGCUUUUAUCCCAGGAAACAGCUGCCCAAUAAAAUCACCCUGGUCAUUAACCCCAACUUUUGAAGUGGUUGACAAUCUUCUCUUAAUGUGGCUUUGUCUGAUCAAGCCCUUUGAAUGCAUAAAUACCUCCUUGAUAAGGUGCUGUAGAGAGCUGUAGCUUUUAAACUGCAUUGAAAAUUGACCGUGCGUAUUUGUACAGGAUCCCUAUGGUGUGGCAGUAGGUGGAACAGUUGGCCAUAGCUUAUGUACUGGCCUAGCGGUGAUUGGAGGAAGAAUGAUAGCACAAAAAAUAUCUGUUCGGACUGGUAAGUAAGCUAUUGAUUGGAAGCUGAUUUGCCUAAUAAUUGCAAAGCGAGUGGAAUUUCAAACUUGGAUUAAUUAGGGGCUGAAAGUAGUGAGAGGGAUGUGUUGAAUGCAUGUAAUGAGUUGCUAUGUUCAAAUUACAUUUGAGCUAGAGGGCUGCAUCAAAACAACUGUUUUUUCCUGCAUGAACACUCAAGACAGCUAUAGUCAUUCUUGUGCUCAUAGGCACCAGACAAUAUGCAGCCUGCAUGCUGCUGAUACUAUAAUUUUAGUGUCUGCACCCUAUCUCUUUUUUGAAAAAAAAAACCAAAACAAAACAUGUUACUUGAAUGGUGUUAACAGAUUUUAAUAAGUUUACACCAGCAGCUGCUUCAAAUAUGAUCUGGGUGGCCUUCUCCCUUUUAAGAAGUUUGUGUUAAAUGGCUCCUCACAAAAUAGUGGCAGUUUCCAUUAUGCAAGUACAGAGUGGCAGCUACAGGGAGAUAGAGCCACAUAACAUUAGCCAUACAAUAAUACUUUUAUUAAGUGGCCAUUGGUUUAAUCUCUAAAAGACAAGGCUAUAAAACCCAAACUGAGUUGGGUAGGGCCAAAUUUCCCAUUCUCUAGAAGCUCACAGGCUGUGUGAGGCACUUUCCACCAGUUCCACCUUGAUGUUAGGACAUCAGCUGCCCUACCUCUUUGUCAUGUUUACUGCCCGCUAGAAAAAAGUGCGUUCGCUUUUCAAGAAAAUGAAAAGCCGCACUGUCAGAAGUCAAUUUCUCCUUUCUGCUGGUUUUGCUCCCUGGUGUGAGCCCAAAGGCUUAUCUUUAAGAACAUGCUUCAUGAGAACCACAUCAUGGGUACUUCCAUUCGUGAGAAAGCGUGCUGGUCUGCGUACAAGCAUGCUUGUGACUUCUUGAGUCUGAACAUGCUUGAAUUGUGUGUGCAGUACAGGGGCCAUGUGGCGUCCCUUGGCGGAGGGCAGUGAAAGAGAAGAACUUGUCACAAUUCUGCAAGAGCCAGAAACAGCUUAAUGGGUGCAUCAGUGCUUUAAGGCAAAUGGGUGCUGUAAGUUGUUUAUGGGAUGAAAGAGAGCCAUUAGAUACAGAGUGAACUUUGUCCUUCUGAUUUAAUCACCAUCUUUUCUCUCUCUCUCUCUCUCUUACAGUGACAAUCAUAGGAGGCAUUGUUUUCUUAGCAUUUGCAUUUUCUGCACUAUUUAUAAGCCCAGAUGCUGGUUUUUAACAAGAGAUUUCCCCCUUUCCUUGAAAGAGCAAGAAUUAGGAUCAACAAACCUACCCUUGUAUUCCUGUAUAUAGUGUACAGCUAUUAGUGAAACAAGCACUGAAGAUGGGAUGCUGUAACUUUUAUAGUAACGUUUAGUUUGGUAUACUUUGUGGACACAAUCUGUGCUGGAGAACAUGCAUAGUCUAUAUAUUUGGGACACGAAUAAUAUGUUUGCUUACUGUAGCUGACUCAGGUAAACUGAGAUCCACCUUCUGAAAUUUUAUGAGGUUUGCUACUUCAUCUGCGGAUCACCACUAGCCAUUGCCGAAAGAUCCCCAUUCUGGACGAAUUGCUGCUGCCUUUGGCUUGCAGUUAUGCCUUACCAAGUGUCUAGUACAAAGUAUUGCGGAGAACCUUUUGCCUCCGACCUUGCAGCCCAAGUACACCGUUCCACAAUCAAUAAUGAAUACCAGGAAAUCUGAAAUCUGCACUUAGGACUAACUCACUUCCUCAAGGAUUUGUGAAUUCAGUUUGUAACUGAAUUGUAGAAAAAUCAGAAUGUUUUGGUAUCAAGUAUGCCGAUUCAGAAUUCAAAUGUAUUCAAGUACACAAUCUAGCCAGAUAGUAACCAAAUAAAAUUCCUCUUUUUUUGUAUUUAUACUAAACAUUCACUGCUUUUUCAGAUUAAAGUACUUACUAAGGUGUUGAUUGUUUUUCUUUUAGAAAUUAAAAAGGUAAACAGGGAGAACAUGAAUAAAUUUAGGUGUCUUCUGUUUUAGAAAUGUAGUUGCUUUGACUGCUUAGCUUAAUUCAGAGGAAGUUAUUGUGUAGUAUUUCUACUUGGUUGGGGGGGCACUUUUAUCCUACAGGCAAGCAUUUUGGCUACAUUCAGUGUCUAGUCUGGACAAAUAUUUCUGUGAUUCCUUGUGGUUGCUACUGUGUUUAAAUCAUUCAGUCAUUUCUGUAAUGAUUCUUAAGCAGAUCGUUUGAGGAGUUUCAGUCGUCUAAUACUGUGUCUUUGACAGACUGCUGUGAAGACAAUAUAAAUAUCUCUGGGUACUGAGAAAGUGCAGUAGUUCUCCAUUCUUCAUAUAUAAGCAUCAUGUCUGGAAUAGUAAAUUUGUGCUUACAUAUGAAGUAUGAGGAAAUUAUUGCAGAAUUAGGAAACAAAGCAUCAUCCAGAGGUAGUCUUAGCCCUUAAAUGAGAGAGGUUCAAGCACACGUUUUACAUCAGCUAGCUAGAAGACCAGAUGAAAUAGCCAAAGACUUAAGAAUUACUGUAAGUAAUAUUUUAUCAGGAUGGAAAGAUUACUUGAAACAAUAAACUGUAUAAAGGUGACUUGAUUAUUCUUAUUUCUAUUCCUAUGGUUCUCCAAAGCAGUACAGAAAUUUAGCCCACGGGCCAAAAGCGUCUAAAUUUUAAGAAUAGCUGUCUGCUCUCUCUAGUCCAUGGAUGGUGACCUUUUUCAGUCUAGUGGCAGCAUUCUCUUGAGGUGUGUCCUAGUUCAGUAACACAUUCCUGGCAGCUCUCAAGGAGCGGCUAGUGUGGGCACCUCUCUGUCUUAAGUGGGAAGUACCUCUCUCAGACUAGAAGUUCAGCUGCUGUUCCUGAAUAAAAGUUUUUGCUGCUUCAAGGACAGAAUUGAUGUCUAAAACAAUUAUUAAGUUGUGUGCACUUUGAAAUUGCUGCAACCUCCAGAUGAUGAUGGAUUCCAAUUCGUAAAAGCCCCAGCUGGGAUGACAGCAACACCCAGAGGACCACAGUCUCCCUACACCUGACCUAGGACAAAGACUUAGCUGCAAUUUGCAAUGUAGCCACCGUUGCUAGUUUUCAACAUGAGAGGCUGCUAGAGCCAAGGUUUAACCUGGCAUUCCAUUUAUUUGAGUGAUGGCAGACAGGCAUCCUUUGCUUUGCUGAUUUUUACCUGCAAUGUACAGCCACAGUGGCACGUUUGAUGUAUUCAGAGGCAUGCAUUUUAACUUUUCAUGGAGUGUCCGUAAGAUGCCUCUUGGUCUGAACUAAAAUAAUGGCAUCCUAGAAUGUAACUCUGGAGUUCAAACACUUGGGAGGACGGGGUUGUCGGGAGACAUGUACAAAAAGGACGCCAGCGUGAUUGUGGAAAAGAUUCCACAAAAGGAAGUUUGAAAGCCAUUUGUUCAUAUUAUCAAAACAUACUUCAUUUAGCUUGUUUGAAAUGCAUCCCCUGCAUAGGAUUUUAAAAAUGCCCAGAACAUUAAGAAGCAACUUCCUCUUUAGGAACUAUUUUUGUUCAUUCCUAAAUGAAGAUAGAGGGUAGCUACAGAAGAUUGUGGGCAUAUCUGGAUAUAUUGGAAGAGGCUUAAAUUAGAAAAUGCUGCCUAGAAGUACCUUGAGUGCUAGGCAGACUGAACUGGAGCUGCUCAGCUCUAGUCCAAGGGGUGUUGAAUAUUUGGCCUUCCAGAUAUUGCUUGACUAUAACUCCCACUAUCCUUGGACAUUGGCCGUGCUUGCUGUUGCUGAUGGGAGUUGUAGUUCUGCAACAUCUUGCGGGUAAAAGAUUCCCCACCAUGCACUAGUUCAAAGAGGCCGGCAGGACCAGUGUAGAUUCACUGAAGGUACAGAAUCACCAAACCCACGGUAUUUGAUGCCUCUUGUACCCCACUCCUGACAUCGGUCCUUAUUUGGAGCUACAGUUACUGAGGGAAAGUAGCGCCAGAUGGAACAAUACCAACAAAGCAGCAGCCAAGACAUAGAAAUGAAUUCAAACCAGGACCUUAAGGCUACAAGAAGCAGAAAUUUCAAAUGUUAUAUUUAUUCAGUUAAAAACUGACACUUGGUAAUGGUCACAUGAACACUAGGGAACCAUAUCUACAUUUUCCUGAAGUUAGAUCAUGAAAAUUGCACAGGUUGUUCUACAUAUACAAAUCUAAUGCCAUUUUUUUUUAAUGCAAAACCAAGACAAUGUGAAAUCAACACUGAAAAGUAUCCAAUUAGACAAUUUUAAAAAUAAAUACUCCUUUUAAGAAUAAAAAACACUUUCAAAGCAGCUGUAUCUUUAAGAACAUCCCUUCCCCCUCCCAAAGUCUUCCCUAGAUUUUGAUUGUCUACUAGUGCAGCACCUCUCGGUCAGAGCUGGGAUCUGUAGAUCAGGCAACACAGUAUUUUGUUCAUACACAGUGUUUUGUUUUGCUUGUGUGUAUUACUGGUAGAUACAAUAUCUUUAAGCAAUAUAGCCUAUCAUGCUGCUGGCAACACCCAUGCAGAUGAAAAAGCAUGAAGCAUAGCAACACUGACUGUAAAGUACUUGUUUAUUAAAAGACAGAGGAAUGUAGUGUUAAAAAAAUAUAUAUUGACAAAUAAACUACCCAGUUUCAUAAACAACCAAAUUAAAUUUUAAAAAAUCUUAUUUCGACGCUUGCCUCAUUUAUUUAUGAGCCAAUCAACAUUCAUUUUCAGACAUCUCUAUAUACUUCGGUUCAUUAAAAAAUGUCUCCAAUGCUUUUUACUGGUAAGGGGGAGAAAGGAAAGAAAAAUAAAAACUUUUCCUCCCUUUGAAAUCCAAGCUGCUCCUGCCAAGCCGCUCUUCCCACCACAUACAAUGUUUCAGCAAGAAAUUUCCAAUGGAGACGAUUUAUGCGUUUGACACACAUGCAGACAGCACAUGACACCAUAACGUUAAAAAAAUAAAGCCCACACACAAAAAAACCUGUUCUCUCUAAAAAUACAAACUAUUCUAUAAUUGUGACUGAAGCAGUCUACUGAAGGCCACAUCUGUAAACCCUCUACACAUUUUAAUCCUAAGGACCACUUAGAAUCAUUUUAAAGGCUCUAACAAGCCUCCUGUUGAUAUCUCUCCGACAAUUGUGCAACAUUAUUAUUUUUUUAAAAAACAGCUCUUCAAAGAGCUUAAGUGUGUAGAUUUAUCCGUUUCCCACAAAACCAUCCAGUAUCAGAUGCCUGCAUAAGCUUGUGUUCAGAGUCUCAAAGGAUCCCCAUAUUGAGAAACAUUUUCCAGCAAUGCCUCUUUUUGACAAUAGUCUACAUUCCGAUUCCUUUGGACACCCCCCCCCCAUUGUGAACAGUUCCAUUGCCUAAAAAUAAUAAACUGUAUUCCGAAUGAGGCCCCCCACCCCCCUCAAUAAAGUGCUUUCAUCUGCACACAUCUUUCUACCCUAAUUCAAUAGGAUACUCAAGUAUGAAACAAGGGCGACCCACCUUGGAGAGGAUAAGAGCAUGGCACUUCAGAGAAACAAACAAACAGAUUUGACUUGCCGGUCUUUCAAGGUCCAACAACAUAAACACACUUCGGGGCUGCUCUCUUGGCCAGAACAGUGCAAAGGCCAGUGACAACAUUCCUCCCCUUGCUCAAAACUGUUGUUACCCUUCCUAUUGGGAACCCCAGGGGCUUACUGAUCAUAUAUGGCCUUAAGCAUCUAACUGAAUUAGGAUGACCAACAGCUUUGUACUUGUUAAUCUGGUUGUUGGGUCAUUUUUUGUUGUCAGUUGGCAGCAGGCAAACAGCCUGCAGAAGUUUUGUGAUACACUGGAGCCCCAGCCCCAGCCAGUAAACUUCUAGGUAAAAGUAAUGGAAGGCAUAUGGAGAGCUCAGACUAUAAUCUUUUAAUAUGUGUACAAAUAUAGUAUAUAUAUUAAAUAUAAUAUAAAAAUAUUUAUACAAUUCCCUCUAGAGACCCAUUUUUAAAUCGUCUUCCCUUGCCCCCUCCCCCAAUGUAAGCAACCCUAAACUGCAUUUUCUCUUUUUCAGCAGCACUCUGUCAUACUUAAGUGCUGGUUACGGUGUGGUUGUGUUAGUGCUAUUUCAUUAGCACAACAUUCACUUACCAGUCCCCAUGCCCACCCACCCUUUCUUCCCAAGCUGAGACAUUUGGCCACAUUGAAUUCAAGAUGGCAGAGUACUCAGUCCGACAGCAACUACUGGGCUAAGACCAGCCAUUAGAAAGCAGCAUUAGCACAAGCCAUCUCCCCGUUAUUUACCGUAUUUUUCGCUCUAUUAAGACGCACCAGACCACAAGACUCACCUAGUUUUUGGAGGAGGAAAACAAGAAAAAAAAUAUUCUGAAUCUCAGAAGCCAGAACAGCAAGAGGGAUCGCUGCGCAGUGAGAGCAGCAAUCCCUCUUGCUGUUCUGGCUUCUGGGAUAGCUGUGCAGCCUGCAUUCGCUCCAUAAGACGCACACACAUUUCCCCUUACUUUUUAGGAGGGAAAAAGUGUGCAAAAAAUACAGUAAGUGGGAAAUGAUAUCGAACAUUUCUGAGUAACCAGCAACACCAGAGAAAAAGCAUCACGGCUGAAAGAAAUCCUUCCCCUCAAGGUUUUUGUUUCUGGCCUCUUUCAGUUAAGACUGCCCAAGGUGUGGUCAUUAAGUCCUGUUUCUUAAAACUUUAGCCAUCGGUUUCUAGUUUCUCGCCAUUUCUCCGCUAUCUAACUUUCACAGCAACCUCCCGGAAGUCUCAUUACAGAAACUUCACUUCUACCACGAGCGGCAUUUCCCCCCAAGGAACAGUCAAAAAGAGGUUGGUAUCAAAUAAAAAAGUCCAGUGAUUAUGCUCUGCACUCCCAGUAACUCCAUAUACAAAAGCCUUGCUGUCCUGUUCUGUGAGCACAAUGAAAGCUCCCCUGAUUUUCUCAUUCACUGCUAUUAUUGUUGUUUCUGUUGUAAAUAGCUUAAAGCCCAAGAGGAUGCCUAUUCACUAAAACAAUGCCAUUAAAGCAUGGACCUUUGAUCAACACAGCCUAAUUUGGAAUUACAAGCAGCAUUGGUAUGGCAAGACAAAAGCUAUCUGCAAUUAAGUUAAUGCGACUACUUUCCCACAAUGUGCAUUUCUUUGAGACUAGUUUAGGGAAUGCCAUAAAGUCCCUUUAAAGAAUAUAGCUAGGAGAUUUCCUAGACAAGUGACCUACUGGUUUCCAGUCGCUGCCAAGAGGGAACAGAAACUAGUCCAAUUCUUUGGUUCUUUAUUUCUUAAAACUUUGACUCCUGAUAUUAUGGUUCUACUGUUAGACUACUGAUUGUGGUGUGUCACGGGAGGAUCAUGCAAGACUAUGGCAAUGAAAACGACUCUUUAAGAGUUAGUCUCAAAGAUAAAAUUCUGCUAUCAUUUGCUACUAUGGUGUUGGCUUUGCUAACCCAGCGUUACAUUCUUAGCAUCUCGCCAUACUUUGGUUACAUUAAUAAAGCUCCUCUAUAAUACUCCAUCUUUCUUGACUCUGAUAUUCCUUCAUUACAAUCAGAUUCUUCUUCUUUGAACUAACCAAUCUAUCUUUGUAUUAAAAACAUAUUUUGCUCUGCAGAUGUGGAUUUUAAACCUAGUACCAUAAAAUCUACUCAGUGUUUACUUUUAAAACUGUACAGAAUUUCAGUUGAAUCUUUUUAUUAACUUUAUUAAGUGAACUUGCCAUCUGAAGUCUUAGUGCAUCAAUAUCCCUUUUGGAAGCUGUGGCCCUCAUGAUCUUUAAUCUAUUUUCCCAUUAAAUUUCAGUAAAUUUGAAUUUGAGCCACCUUACAAAGUGAUUAUACUUGAUUACUAUGCAAUUCUGUUUUGCUAUCAUUUAAAAGAACUUAAUUUCUUGGUAAACGAAUACUUCAAAGGUAAGUCAUUACAUGAUGUAUGGUUAAAAAGGGGCGUGCCAAAAAUUCAGAACUUCAUACCCCAAUUUGUAUUAUUCUCUCUCUCUCUAUAUAUAUA